GGUGGAAUGGACGCGGAGCGGCCGGCGAAGCGGAAACGGCGCGAGAUGGCGACGGUGACUUCAGGAGCUGGUCGCUGUCUGCCAAGCAAGGCGAGGGUUAGCCGGCAGCCGCCGCCCGCUCGCGUGAGAGUGGCUGUGAGACUGCGGCCAUUUGUGGACAGGACAGCCAAUGAUAGCCCCUGCGUUCAAGGCCUGGACAGCUGCUCUCUGGAGAUCGCCAACUGGAGGAACCGCCAGGAGACGCUCAAAUACCAGUUUGACGCUUUCUACGGCGAGAGGAGCUCCCAGCAGGACGUCUAUGCCGGCUCUGUGCAGCCCAUCCUCAGGCACCUGCUGGAAGGGCAGAACGCCAGUGUGCUUGCCUAUGGGCCCACGGGAGCAGGGAAGACGCACACCAUGCUGGGCAGCCCCGAGCAGCCGGGAGUGAUCCCAAGGGCUCUCAUGGACCUCCUACAGCUCACCAGGGAGGAGGGGGCUGAAGGCCGAGCGUGGGCCCUCUCCGUCACGAUGUCCUACCUAGAAAUCUACCAGGAAAAGGUCUUAGACCUCCUGGAGCCUGCGUCGGGAGACCUGGUGAUCCGAGAAGACUGCCGGGGAAACAUCCUGAUCCCAGGCCUCACCCAGAAGCCCAUAAUCAGCUUUGCAGACUUUGAGCAGCACUUUCUGCCGGCCAGUCGAAAUCGGACGGUCGGGGCCACCAGGCUCAACCAGCGUUCAUCCCGCAGUCACGCUGUGCUUCUGGUUAAGGUAGAGCAACGGGAGCGGCUGGCCCCAUUUCGCCAGCGAGAGGGCAAGCUCUACCUGAUCGACUUGGCCGGCUCAGAGGACAACCGGCGCACUGGGAACAAGGGGCUGCGGCUGAAGGAGAGCGGUGCCAUCAACACCUCCCUCUUCGUGCUGGGCAAGGUGGUGGAUGCGCUGAACCAGGGCCUCCCUCGCGUCCCCUACCGGGACAGCAAGCUCACUCGCCUGCUGCAGGACUCCCUGGGUGGCUCUGCCCACAGCAUCCUCAUUGCCAACAUUGCCCCCGAGAGGCGCUUCUACCUGGACACAGUCACUGCACUCAACUUUGCUGCCAGGUCCAAGGAAGUGAUCAACCGGCCUUUUACCAACGAGAGCCUGCAGCCUCACGUCUUGGCGCCUGUUCAACUGUCUCAGAAAGAACUGCUAGGCUCCGCGGCUAAAAGAGCCCGAGGACCUGAGGAGGAGGCGGGGAGCCCCGAGCCCCCAGCAGCUCCAGCCUCUGCCUCCCAGGAAAUGGGCCCCCUGCAGAAGCUCAGCAGCAUGGACCCGGCGAUGCUGGAGCGCCUGCUAAGCUUGGACCGUCUUCUGGGCUCCCAGGGAAGCCAAGGAACCCCUCUGCUGAACACUCCAAGGCGACAACGAAUGGUGCUCAUGAAGACAGUGGAGGAGAAAGACAUGGAGAUAAAGAUGCUUAAGGUGAAACAAAAAGAACUGGAGGCCAAGAUGCUCGCCCAGGAGGCUAUGGACCCAAAGGAGAAGGAAAAUUCCCCUCCCGCAAGGCUCCGACCCCUUUCCCGACACACAGUCACAGUAGCUAAGCCCCUGAAAAGGGCUGUGGUGAUGCCCCUACAAUUGUUGCAAGAGCAGGCACCAUCCCCAAGUGCUGAGAUACACAUCCUGAAGAAGAAGGGCCGAAAGAGGAAGCUUGAGUCCCUGUGCGCCUCCGAGCCAGAGGAGAAAGCGGAGGAGGGCUGGGAGCCACAGAUUAGCCCAGAGCUGCUGGCCCACGGGCGCCAGAAAAUCUUGGACCUGCUCAACAAAGGCUCAGCCCGGGACCUGCGCAACCUGCAGCGCAUCGGCCAGAAGAAGGCCCAGCUCAUCGUGGGCUGGAGGGAGCUCCACGGCCCCUUCAGCCAGGUGGAGGACCUGGAACGCGUGGAGGGCAUAUCGGGGAAACAGAUGGAAUCAUUCCUCAAGGCGAACAUCCUGGGCUUUGCCGCGGGCCAUCCCUGCGGCUCCUGACUGCCUUCGGCUCUCACUGUCUGUUCCGUCCGUGUGUAACUGUGUGUUGUGUAAAUACAGUUUUUGUGCCCGUG